GGGUUGGGGUCCGUCUUUGUUUACGGCCCGCCGGGCUGGCGGCUCUAGUUCUCUUGUUCGCUGGUCUUGGAACCGGGGCCGGGCCCUCUCUUUGUGCUGCGAGUGGCCACCGGGGAUGGCCAAGAUGAAGGGGAGCUUAAAUCGGCCCGUGGUUGCGUAGCUCUUUUAAUCUCUUUUGCUUUUUAAUCGUUGGUUUGGAAGAUGAACCCCAACAAUCCUUUUGGGGGGCAGCAGUCAAAUGUGUUCUCCGCCCCUUCUGGGGGCUCCCUGGGAACAUUCCAGGUUCAGCCGCCUUUCCGAUUUGGUCAGCCCUCCCUUUUCGGACAGAACAAUGUGGGCUCUGGACAGAAUGCAGGGUUCGCACAGUCCUCCAGCUUUGCCCAGACUUCUGGGGUGGCUCAGUCUUCUUCAGGACCUACGCUAGGAUUCCCACCUGCCUCCAGUAUGGGGCUGUACUCUGCCCAGGCUCCAGCCCUCACAUCUGCUGCUGGCCCUCCGGGUUCAUCUGUCUCCAGCAACCCAGGAUUUCGCUUCAAGCCGCCCGCCAGUCUCGGAGCUUUCCCCAGCACCACCAGCUUUGGGCUCGGUAGCGGGGAAGCGGCCGGUGGUACUUUGGGGCGAUCAGAGUUCAGCUUUAAGCCUCCUGAAAAUGCAACAUUCAGACCAAUCUUUGGGGCAGAGUCAGAGCCAGAGAAGACACAGAGCCAGGUCACUCCGGGCUCUUUCACAUUCUCCCACCCUGUUAGCAGUGGGCCUGAGGCUCUGGUCUCCUUCACAUUUUCCCAGGAAUCAAACAGCUCAGGCACCAGCCCAAGCUUUACCUUCUCCAAACCAGCUGGCAGCACCCCCUCUUCAACCUUUGCCUCUGCUCCAUCGAGUCAGAAUGUAGAGGAUGAAAAGAGGGGGCACAAACCAGCGUUUGGGAGCUCUGGGAGCAGCUUCACGAGCUUCACAUCACCGGGCUCUGUGGGGGAGCCCUUUUCCACGAGCAAAGCAGCAGGCAAGCAAGGACGGGAAGAUGCUGGUGGCCAGGGAGGGUCGCUACCUGGGCAUGUCAAAGGGCUGAAAAGAAAAGAAGACCAUGACCGAUCGCCCAGGAGACGGGACUACGAUGCUCCAGAAGAUGUGGAGCUCCUGUCACGGGGCGAUCAUCCUCCAGAAAAGCGCCCUCCCCGCUUGACUCGCCCACGUAGCGGUGGCCUCUUUGGGCGGACGCUGCAGGAUGUGCUGAGGAGCAACAAGGAAGGCAGCCGCCUAGGAAGCAAAGAAAUGAAAAAGGAAGUGAGUGGUUUGGAAUCCACUGAGAAGGAGCACACUGCUUCAGCGGGGGCAACCCCUUCUGCGUUGUCCACCCCCCGGCUGAAGGAGGAAGAAAUGGACAAAGACAGCCAGGAAGGGUCCUCCAGCAGGGCCACCCCUUCCCGCCGGGGGAAGAAGGAGAGCGUGGACAGCUCCGGCAGCUUGUUGCAAAGCGAGCUCACUGCUAUUCAGUGCAAGAACAUCCCCAACUACCUCAAUGACAGGGCGGUCCUGGAGAAACACUUUGGCCGCUUUGGGAAGGUGCAGCGUGUCUACCCCAGGCGCAACCGGAAGCUCGCCAUUGUGCACUUCUCAGACCACGUGUCUGCAGCCCUGGCUCGGAAGAAAGGGAAAGGCUUGCAUAAAGACAUGCUCAUCUUUUGGCACAAGAAAAAAAUAAGUCCCAGCAAGAAGGACUUUUCACCAAAGGAGAAACAACCGAGUGAGGGGGAGGCCAGUCAUAGCUGCGAAGACUCGCCUUUCCAGCACUCCCCGCUACGCAAACCCCUCCUGAGACCUGCCACUGGCGGCAGCAGCAGCCUUCUGAGUAAGAGUUCUCCAGUUAAGAAACCAAGCCUUUCCAAGUCUCUGCAGUUUGAAGGGGAGCCCUUUGACUCUGGGCCCGAGGUCCCGAGCUCAGACAACAUGGGCCUGUCAGCAACUACCCUCAGCACCUUGAUGGGGACGGUGGCCGAGACGUCGGAGGACAAAUACCGCCUUCUUGACCAGAGGGACAAGAUCAUGAGGCAAGCUCGCGUCAAAAGAACCGAUCUGGAUAAGGCAAAAGCCUUUGUUGGAACGUGCCCAGACAUGUGUCCUGAGAAAGAGCGGUACAUGCGAGAAACCAGGAACCAGCUGAGUGCUUUUGAAGUGAUCCCUGGAACAGAUCAGGUGGAUCAUGCGGCAGCGAUAAAAGAGUACAGCCGAUCCUCGGCUGACCAGGAAGAGCCCCUGCCCCACGAGUUGCGUCCCUCAGGGGUGCUAAGCAUGACCAUGGACUACCUCGUCACCCAGAUUAUGGACCAGAAGGAAGGGAGCUUGCGUGACUGGUACGACUUUGUGUGGAACAGGACCCGUGGAAUAAGGAAGGACAUCACCCAGCAGCACCUCUGUGACCCCCUGACGGUGUCCCUGAUUGAAAAGUGCACCCGAUUCCACAUCCACUGUGCGCACUCGCUGUGCGAAGAGCCCAUGUCCUCCUUUGACGCCAAGAUCAACAAUGAGAACAUGACCAAGUGUCUGCAGAGCCUCAAGGAGAUGUACCAGGACCUGGCCAACAAGGGUGUCCUCUGUGCGAGUGAAGCAGAGUUCCGAGGCUACAACGUCCUGCUCAACCUCAACAAGGGAGACAUCCUGAGAGAGGUGCAGCAGUUCCGGCGUGACGUUCGCAACUCCCCAGAGGUGAAGUUUGCAGUCCAGGCCUUCGCGGCCCUGAACAGCAACAACUUUGUCAGGUUCUUCAAGCUGGUGCGGUCUGCUUCCUACCUGAACGCCUGCCUCCUGCACUGCUACUUCAAUCAGAUCCGCAAAGAUGCAUUGCGGGCUCUCAACGUGGCUUACACAGUGAGCACUCAGAGGUCCACCAGCUUUCCCUUGGACAACCUGGUACCCAUGUUGCUGUUUAGAGAUGCCGAGGAAGCGACUGACUUCUUGAAUUAUUACGGCCUCAGUGUGUCCGAUGGCUGUGUCGAGCUUAAUCGGUCUGCGUUUUCGGAACCCGAGGGCUUGUCCAAGGCAAAGAAGUGCACUUUUAUUACAGAGAAGCUCACUGUGUCAGUGGGAGAAGUGGUGAAUGGGGGGCCAUUACCCCCCGUCCCUUGUCACAUCCCAGUGUGCAGCUUCAACACGCAGAGCAAGUACAUAGGAGAGACCGCGGCCCAUGAGCCUGCCCUGAGUGGACAGAAGCCCAGCAUGGAGAGUGGAGGAGGUGGGAAGGUGGAAGAAACCAACCCUGGGACGGAAGUGCUGGCACUCCGUGUCCCGCCGCAGCCCUUGCUUGUCCCCCCGGCUCAGCCGCCGCAAACCCAGACCGCCGGGCUGCCGCCAGCCCUCGUGGCCCCUGCUCCUGCCCCACCGUUGUCUGCCCCAUCAUCUCUGUUCCAGCCUGUUGGGCAAUCUGAGCUGCCUCCUCCCAAGCCUCGGCCUACUUACACUGACACGGACAUCGCGGGGGUUGUUGAAGACCUUGUCCAGGACGUCCUCAGAAACUGCUGCAAAGAAAUUGGCCAUGCCGGGGCUGCCUACACGGCUGCAGCCUUAAGGGUUUCCAAGGUGGCCACAGAGGAGCUCUUGGCCGCAGCAACAGCGGAUAUUUUGAGGCAGGUCGCUGCUGAAGAAGUGAACAAAGAACGAAGAAGAGUUCAGGAAGAAAAGAAAAGGGCUGAAGAUCAAAGACGGAGACGGGAGAGAGAGCGCCUGCUGGCCCAGCUAACCCAGGUGCUGGCGGCUGAGCUGCUGAAUCUCGUGGUGACUGAGUGUGUGCGUGAAAUCUCCUCGCGGGAGCUGAAGAGCGCGGUGGAGAUGGAAAGGAGGGCCUGCGUGGCCCGUUGUUCUGAGGACGUCUGGGACCGUCUCAUGGACAUGUUCUUGGCAGAGGAGAUUUUCCAGAGUGCCCGAGAGACCCUGCAGGAACUUCAGUGCUUCUGUAAAUACCUGCAGCGGUGGAGAGAAGCUGUUGCAGCCCGGAAAAAACUCAAGAGACAGAUGAGAGCGUUCCCUGCGGCCCCCUGUUGUGUCGAUCUUAGCAACAGAUUGCAGGCCUUGUCCCCCAGUGCGGAGUGUCCAAUUGCUAAAGAGAACCUGGCCAAGGGAGUCCUGAAUCUGGGGCAUGCAGGAAAGCUGGGGGUCUCCUGCACCAGGUUACGAUGGAUGAGAAACAAGACAAUACAUCAAAUGAAGGUUCAAUAUUUCUACCAGCAAUUACUCAGUGAAGCCGUGUGGACUCCUCUGGACCUGCCAGCCCUCAUUGCCGAGCAUUACCCUGGGCCAAAGGAGCAGGUGUUCUGGAAGCUGGUGUUGGUGCUGCCUGACAGUGAAGAGUCUGCUUCUGGCUGCUCUAGCAGGAUUCUAGCAAACUGGCUGAAAGUCAAGUUCAUGGGCUAUGAAGAUUUAGACCGUGGCACCUGUCGUGCUUCCAAGGGGAUCCAGACACUGACCCUGUUGAAUGCCUGUGGCACCAAAGGGAACCGGAGAGUCUGGGUCAAUGUGUGCAUUAAGGUGGCCCAUGGCCUGUUGAGCGACUCGGCCCUCGACGCCGCCGAGACACAGAAGGACCUUCUGGGCACCGGCGGCCUUCUCUUCUUACUACCUGCCCCAGGGAAGAGCGUCGCGCUGGCUGAGGAGGAUGUGUACUGGCUCUCGGCCCUCUUGCAGCUCAAACAGCUCUUGCAGGCAAAGCCCUCCCACCCCCUGGUGCCGCUGGUGGUCCUUGUGCCUGGCCAGGACGGGGCCACCACAAGAGAAGUGGAGGAAGGUCUGAUGCUCCAGGACCUGGUUUCAUCCCAGCUUAUUUCAGAUUAUAUCAUUGUGGAGAUCCCGGCCACAGUCAAUGAUCUGCAAGGCACCAGCCAGGUGUCCCAGGCCGUGAAAUGGCUGAUCUCCCACUGCCCCAGCUCCCUGGAACUCUGCUGCCAGACUCUGCCGCAGUACAUUGAGGACGGCGUCAGCCGCGAGUUCAGCGACCGCUUCUUCUAUGACCGCAAGGAGCGGCGUGUGGCCGGCCUGGCCUCGCAGGAGCCCAGCGCCAUCAUUGAGCUCUUCAACAGUGUGUUGCACUUCCUGGCCGAGGCGGCCUCCUCUGAGCAGCUCUGCCACCUGUCCUGGCCCAUCACGGAGUUUGCGGAGCCGGGGGGCAGCAAGGUGCUUCCUCAUCUCCAGUGGAACACGCCCAGCCACCUGGCCUGGCUGAAGAAGGCUGUGCUUUCCUUCCAGCUGCCUCACAUGGACCUUCCCCCUCAGGGUGCUCCCUGGCGGCUCGUGUGCACCAUGAUUUUCCAGUAUGUGUCCCAGAUUCCAAGCUGUGGCCAGACGCAGCCCAUCCUUCAGUCACAGGUGGAGAAUCUUCUGAGUCGAACGUACAGCAGGUGGAGGAACAAGGACAUGUGGACCUUGGGAGAGCUGGGGCCCUCGGUGGAUGAGAUUCCAUGGGAUGACGUCAUAGCUCUGUGCAUCAACCAUAAGCUGCGGGAUUGGAAGCCUCCCAGACUGCCUGUCACAUCAGAAGCUCUGAGUGAAGACGGUCAGAUCUGCGUCUACUUUCUCAAAAGCCACUUAAAAAGCUACGAUGUCCCUGGGUCCUGGGAACACGCCAGGUUGCAGACCCAGAAGGAGGCCCGGGGACAAGGACAUGGACGGGCCGAUGCUCCUUCUCAUUCUCUACCUGAAUGCACCCGAGAGAGGCCCCCUCCCUCUGCCAGCCGAGACUCCCAAGAGUUGGGUGUGAAGCCUUCGCGAUCACUUGGCAAGGGCUUCUUCUCUUCCUGGCUCCGUGUUCCCUACAGCGGGACCAGGGGCCUGGAGAGCGGCAGUGCUGGCCGUGUGCCCGAUGCUGAGGAGCUUGCCCGCACGGCCUCGGCCUCGGAGUUACUCCCGGGGCGCCUGUCUGCCAGCCUUCAACUGGAAAAGGAGGAGAGCCAGAGGUUCGAAGACCAGCUGCGCCAGUGGCUGGCUGGGGACCUCAAGCAGGGGCCAGAAUCAAGCCCCCUACCUCUCUACCUUCCUCAAGCUCUUGUUUUGACACCCCAGACUCUUCAGCCAGUGCUCAGAGUGUCAGCAACCACCAGCCCCCAGGAUGAGAAGACCACUGACCUGCGGCGGCUGUCCCUGGAGAUGGACGUGUCUUUGACCGACAAACUGAAUCGCUUAGAAAGCCUGAUCCGAAGGACCCAAGAGGAAGAGCUGGUCUGCGAGCGUCAUCUCUCCACAUUGUUGGACAUGGUGGACAUUUGACAAACCCCCCAGGUAGGGGGUGGGGGCUGUUUCCCACGAGGGGCUGUGCUCGACGUACACACAAUAAUGUUCUCUGCGGAUGCUUGACCAGCAGCUGGGACUGUGGCUGUGAAUCAUGGAAAUAAAGAGUGUGACUGCAA